AUGGUGUAUGAGGAGGAGCAGCAGCAAGCGACUCCUCAGAGAAGGAGGAGGAGGAGGAGCAGCAAGCGACUCCUCAGAGAAGGAGGAGGAGGAGCAGCAGCAAGCGACUCCUCAGAGAAGGAGGAGGAGGAGGAGCAGCAAGCGACUCCUCAGAGAAGGAGGAGGAGGAGGAGCAGCAAGCGACUCCUCAGAGAAGGAGGAGGAGGAGCAGCAGCAAGCGACUCCUCAGAGAAGGAGUAA